UACUAUCUCACAAGCACGAUAUCGCGGUCAGCACGAGCUAUACAAGACACCCUACUUCCCAUGCCAGUGGCAGGGCAUUGGCGUGUAGCCACGAUGGUAGUCUCGGUAUGCCGGUGUAACCGGUCGUGAGUCGGGAGUUUAUUCUCUUCGAGCGUAGGCAGAGCUCGCUACCUUGCGCUCUGCGAUCCACACUCACACCCGGUACUCCGUCCGCCUUUUCCACCACCAACACUGUCCCCCGGUGCUCCCACCCCAGCGGGUAACGCUCCCUCUCGCUGUCGCUCCCUCCCGCGUGCGCGUCGCCCGACCCUCGGAAAUUCUGAAAGCGGUUCGCGCCUGUGCAACGCGGGGGUGGCGAGGGACCGAAAAUCGAGGUGAAAGGAAACUCCGCGGAUCCGGCCUAAGGGUCUCUCCUAGGGCUGAUGUGUGUCGACCGUGCCCCCUCGCGUGUGCGUCCUGCGAGCGCGAAAAAUUCAUACACACGCGCGCGCUUACGCACAUACACACGUAUACAUUAGCGCGUAUACACACGCGCGUGUAUUAUUUGCGCCCAUCGUGGGAUACGCGUGUAAAUACGUGUGUCGUGAAUCCGCGACGAAUCAUCGAUAUUUUCAUCGCUCCGAGAGCGAUCGCCCUCUCUCGUUGCCGACCCCCUUGCUACCGCUCCGAGAAGGCAGGGUGUUCGCGACGCGCGAAUCGGUUACCGGAACCGCGUUCCUUCACCGGGAUAAGCGACGCCGUGGUGACGUUCGAUCGCGCAGCCAGUUCUCCAAGUGACACACUUUCAUCCGCGAGAGAAGGAAAACUCACCUUACGGCAGCCUGACGGCGACCACGACAAAAGGACUGUGUGGGAUAGUGUGAUUAUCCUCGAGUGCACGCGACAACCUGCGAGCGCGGGUGGGAGUUUGGGCAAGUGUGACAUGUCAGUGCGUCAUCAUCGUCGAGCUCAGUGACCAUCCCAAGUUUUUCUUCGGUGACUCGCGGCCGACGUUAAUACGUUUCUCUUCGUCAUAUGUCGCGUUAGCCAGCGGAUCGCGAAGUGCGGAGUAACUGGCUUUCGAGUGAUCUCCACCGCGCUGUGGUGCACGAUCGGGGAUUCGGAGGAUCGAGCCGCUCCCGGUGGGCAAGGGGGAUCAUGUGUCCCCGAUUGCAGCCCUCCUUCGAGGGUUGAGUCGCCGAUUCGGUGUACGACACCGAUCGGCCGACACCGGACCGCGAGUGUUGUGUUGCGCGACAAGCUCGUCUCGGCGAUUCGUCUGCCCGAGGACAUCCCUGCCGUGACGCGAAGUGAUCUCGCGGAGGACCAACCGUGUACCACAUUCUCGCGCAGCAAAUCCACGCAGGGUUGCAACAACUUUACAACUCCGCUGUUGCGCAUCGGCCGGAGGACUUGGAACCUCGCGAGGAUGCGGGACCGGCUCUCGUGGUACAUGGUCUUCUUGAUUCUGCCAACAAUCCUCUUGGCCAGGUCGCUCGAUAAAGAUCGACGCGUGCCCUACAACAUCCCGUCGGAUUGGAAGGCCCUUUGGUUCAGCAAUCUCGACGAGCUGCAGAGAGUGAACGAGGCGAACGACAACAACACCGUUUCUAACGUCACGGUGCAAUUGGGCGGCACCGCCUUUCUGCACUGCAAAGUUCGCAAUUUGGCAGAGAGAACCGUUUCCGAUGCCGAGAUAUCGUGGAUCCGGCGACGUGACUUUCACGUUUUAACAAGCUCCAUGUUCACAUAUACGAACGACGAGCGAUUUCAAGUACUGCAUCCCGAGGGCUCGGACGAUUGGACCCUUCAAAUAAAAUACGUCCAAGAAAGAGACAAUGGGACGUACGAGUGUCAGGUCUCGAGAAGUGCAGGGAUACUGUCACACUUCGUCAAUCUAAAUAUAGUGAUACCAGAGGCGUUUAUAUUAGGAAGCGACGAGCAUCACGUCGACGUAGGAUCUAUCAUAAAUCUCGUGUGCAUAAUAGAGAAGAGCCCGACGCCGCCGCAAUACGUGUUCUGGUAUCACAAUAACCGGAUGAUAAACUACGACACCACGCGCGGCAGCGUGACCGUACAAACCGAUCCAGGACCAACUCAGAGCCGGCUGACGAUUCGCCAGGCAGUGGAGACGGACACGGGCAAUUACACGUGCAGCGCCUCCAACACCAAGCCGGCAUCGAUCUUCGUCUUCGUCACCGAAGGUGACAAGAUGGCAGCGAUACAGCGCCGCAAGACGUCGGCAGCGAAGAGGAAUCUGGCGGGGGUGCUGGUACCGGCGGUACUCGUCGUAGCGAGCGUCGUUUUAGCGCGAUAAGCGUUUCACUUCGAAAUGUCCAUAACUAUUACGUCAUUACUUCCGUUUGUGAUAGAUAGGAUAUUACCCUCCCCAUCCCCCGGGACUUUACGGUCCGCGUCUGCCUGCCUACCCCCUCCCUCCUUUUUCACCUCUUCACUCACCCCUAGGCUCACAUCCUCUCUCUCUCUCUCUCCCAACCAUCCCUCGCGGGGUCUUCUUUCCUCCCCCGAACCUAGGUUCCCGUCUUCCGUUCCAUCUUCCAACCACCCUUCCUCCACCCUUCUCUCUCUCGCUCGUCCCUCCUAUUCCUUAUUUACUUUAGUCGAGGUUGCCGCCGGCUGGACUACUUAGAUAUGCGAGAUUUUCGUGGAAGAUUGCGCGAUUGCCUGCUCCAAGUCAUUACGCGCGACGCGCAUGCGACUCGAAUUAUGUAAAUACUGCCCGGGUCGAAUACGCCACGACGAGGCGGAUUACGUUAGGCCAGGCCUGUCCAACUUCCGGGCACCGCUUGGUCGUCCGUUCUCGACUAUACAGGCCAGAUUUCAGGCCGGUCGGAUGGAAAAUUCACGCGGUCAAUGUAAACGAAUCGAUCGUGUUGCUAACAAGGUGAGGCUAUAUUUCUCGGAAAUCGGAAAUAAUUGAUGAACGGGUUGAAAAGAGUACAGAUUUCCGUUGCGUAUACAUGUGCGAGAACGAUACAAGAGGAGAAGUUUGGGAUACAGUUGCUAUAGACACCGCGUUUCCUUCAAGAAUAUGUUACACCAUUUACAAAUGCACAGUUGUCACCCUCACAAUUUUAAUUCUUGGACUUAUUUUUCUUUCGAAAUAAUCGAUUUAAAAAAAAAAUGACCAAAUAGUAUAUAUGAAUCGGGGAAUGUGUCGCUCAAGUGAUUUUAAACAGAAACUGCCAUUUGGUACAGGGUCAGAACAGUUACAAUAAUAAAAUCCUAAAUGUUUGAAGAUAAUUUGGAUUCAAGAAAACGAGUGAUUGAAUUCUUUGUUUAUUUCGAAAAAAUAACAUUCGGCUCAAGGAUUUUGACUGUCUUUGAAUAAAUCGCAUAGCAAUUAUAUAAAAUUCGCAAUAAUGAAACUGGUCGGUAUGUACGUUAUUGUAGGUAAACUAGGAGUGUAGAUGACUUUUCGAGUUACUUUCAAUGCAAUAUAUUUACAUCAUGAUUAAAUAAUAUAGUGAACAAUAAUAGAUUAAUCUGACAGCAUUAAUCAUACGUAUUUUUGCGACGAAUUGAUGCCGCAAGUUAAUUCGGAAUUAUGUAUUUAAAAUCAAAUCAAUUUUGCAUCGAUACUCUACAAUUUUAUUUCAAGUUGCAAUAAAAAAGAAGCAUUUGCUCGUAAGACCUUUACUCGUCUCGUUAAGAGCAAUAACUUCGCGGAUAUUUCGAAUCAAUCCGAAUACCGAUACGACCUCUUUCUGCCUGAAUCUGCUUGAAUAACGCGAAGUCUGGGAAAUUUUCUCUUGAGAUACACAAGCAAAGAAGAAUAAAAAGGGCGUAUACUUACACUUGGAAAUACCAAGUCAAAACGGGAAAAUUCAAGCGUCGACGCUUUGAACGCGAACGCGAAGCGUGGCAUCUCUCCGCUCGCGCCACAAUCUUACGCGUUUUUCGUUUCUAUAAAAAUUGUUAUGAAAAAUUGUUCGCUUUACAAGCGAGAGCGCGCAAGGGGUCUGCGGGUAUCGCAGAAGUCGCCCGCUCUUGCGACGUUGUGACGGCGUUGUCACGAGAUGGAGAUCGCACCGUCGCGUCGCACGAAAACGCGUUUAUUGCACGACACCGCGGCGUCGUGCAAGAGUUUAUUGCACGCGGCACAAACGCGAACAAAGCGCGGUACGUACGCGGCUGCAAUUCCCGAGUGGUGAAUCGAGCGCGCCUCCACGGUACCGUCAUUAAAGGCCAUCAUUAAGGCGUCUCGCGGCCACGUUGUUACUGAUUUUACUACUGAAUGGAUUCGCCGCUACAUUCGAGUAGACAUCGGGAAUAAGAUUGAGGAAGCAUUCUUUUGCGUUGUAAUUUAUUACAAAAUAUUCUCUUUUUCAAUAAAAUCGUAUAGUUUCACGGAUAUUUUUUACCUAUCGAUACCGAUAUACUGAGUGAUUUUGAUAAAAAGUAGUUCACCACGUAUUUCUCGAAAACAGUCAGAGAUAAGGAAAGACAUCCAUUAGCAAAAUUAUAGGACAAAUAGGGAUACAUAGUUUAGAGACCUUGUCUAAAUAAAUAAAUGUUUUAUUCCCGUAAACGUACAAACGAAAUAAUUGAGCUCGCAAACAUGUAGGCACGUUAAUGGGGCAAUUUAUCUUGACGAUCUGAGUCACGGGUAGACUUCCCAUUUGCACGAGGUUGUGACGCGUUCAUACCCUCUGAACGGUGGCAGACACGUGGUAAAAUGUCUAAUUUUACCAACGCCGCUUUUUCGACGAUUAUUUGUUCAAAACAAACGUUAUAUUUUUGUAUUUAUUUUUCAAACAACUUUGAUGUGUGCUGCAUAAAAAAUAUAGGUCUAUUUAAUAAAUUAAAGCGGGAGCCAGAGAAUCUCUGCAAAUAAAAAUUCUACAAAAAACUGCAAUUAGUAGUCCCUUUAUCCAAUUUAUCUCAGUGAAAACGGCAUCUCAAUAUCUUCAACGGUUCAGAAUAGGUAUGUUAACAUUUACAUGACUUACCCUGUAUACAAUAUAUAAAAGUAAAUAAUUUUUAUGUAUCUAUAGCAAAAUUAUUUUAUAAUAAUAAUUUACA